AUGCAGUUCAAGUCCCUCGCUGUCGUCGCCCUCUCUGCUGGAGCCCUCGCUGCUCCUGAGAAGAGACAGGCCACUGAUGCCAACCUUGCUUCCAUCUACCAAGUUCUCCAGACUGCUGUCCCUACCUCGAUCGCCUUGGAAUUCCUGACCAACUCUGCUGGUGUUUACUCGUCCGUCGCAUCUGAGUUGGCCGUCAGCUCAACCCCAUCCUGGAUCGCCGCUCUCCCUAGCGAUGUUCAGUCAUACCUCAUCGGCGUUGCUCAGACUCCCUCAGCAGCCAGCUCUGCUAUCGCAAACGCUACUGCUGCAGUCGCAAACUCCACCUCUGCCGCAGCUGGCGGUCUCAUCACUUCGGCCCCAGUCAUUGUCAACGGCACCACUGUCGUCAACGGCACUUCUCCUGCUGUCAUCGCAGGAAACGGCACCGCCCUUGUGAACGGAACCAUUCCUGCU